CGUUUACGGCUUUGACCCCUCUCUCUAGCGUUUAUCAACAUGUCUAACGUAAAGGUAGGAGAGGCCGGCGGGAUCAGCGUUGUCGACUUUGCACCGUUCCUGGACGGCUCGCGGAAGCAGGAGGUCGCGGACGCGAUCGUGCAAUCAUUCAAGGACAUCGGGUUUGUGUACCUGGUCAACCAUGGCCUGGCCCAGGAUAAGGUGGACGGCAUGUUUGACUGGUCGAAGCGUUUCUUCUCCCAGCCGAUGGACGUGAAGAUGCUUGCCCCGCAUCCCGCAGACGGAGCGCACCAUCGAGGCUACUCCUCGCCCGGCGUCGAGAAAGUCGUGAAAGAUGUCUUCGACGCCGACGAGCUCAAGGAGCGUCGGGCCAAGGCUCCGGAUGUGAAAGAGAGCUUCGAGUGCGGGCGCGAAGAUGACCCCUACAUGCCCAACAUCUGGCUGCCCGAUGGUGUGCUGUCCGGCUUCAAGGAGACAUGCACAGAUUUCUACUGGGCGUGCCGUGAAGUGCUCGAAAUGAACUUCCUCCGCGCCCUUGCCUUGGGGCUCAGAGCUCAUGAAACCUAUUUUCUUCAGUAUCACACCAAAGCGGAUAACCAACUGCGGUUACUGCACUACCCCGGUGUGCCCGUCGAACAGCUCAAGAACGAAGAAGUGACCCGCAUCGGGGCACACACCGAUUUCUGCAGCAUAACGUUCCUCUUCCAGGACUCCGUCGGCGGGUUGGAGGUGGAAGACCCGAACGAGCCUGGGCAGUUCAAGUGCGCCACGCCGGUGGAUGGUGCUGUAAUCGUCAAUGCCGGCGACUUCUUACAGCGGUGGUCGAAUGACACCUUACGGAGCACCGUUCAUCGCGUUCGCGCUCCGCCCAAUUUUGCUAGCUCGGUCGGCAUGACGCCUGAGCGCUACUCCAUCCCAUACUUCUGCGCAGCGGACUUCAAUACCGUCGUAGACUGUGUACCAACGACGUACUCCGCGGGGCGACCGAAGAAAUAUGAACCAAUCUCGGCCGCACAAUAUAUCAUGGAGCGCCUGGCCGCGAACUACUGACAGGCCAAUGGUGUAAUGUGCUCAAUACUAGUACCCCGGUUUCGAGAGUAACAGCAAACACUCAGCAAGAUGGAUCAGGCAAUAAAAAAUAAACCGAGUGGUGGUCUUUCCGCAGCCGUCUGCAAAGCGUUGUAGAUGGGUUUCAGAUUGAACUGGACGCGACAUUUCGGUAAAUCUUGCUAAUCGCGUUUCAUUUUGAUUAGUCGUGUUUGUACUUCAUAGACUGCGCGUAGGUUUGAAACCUCGCUCGCAAUAUAGGUUAAUGAUUCGCACUUUCUUAACCCCUUUGAUUCGAUUGCUACAGCUUUUGUGGACUACUUUCAACAAAUUCUUACGUUACAGUUCA